AUGGCCCCGAAGCAGGCCACCUUGGGGUAUGUCAAGCCCAAGCAGAUGACUCUGGGCAAGUUCUUUGGAAAGCCAAGCGGAGACGGCCCGCCUCCCCAGCAGACGAAGUUGUCCUUCUCAACCAAAGCGAAUGCUGCGUCGACGAAAUCAAAGACGGAGGAGAAGAAGAAGGACGAUACUGUAAAAAAGGAGAACGAUGUCGAAGAACACAAGGACAGUCGUGGUGCGCCUGUAAAAGAUGAGGAUGUGGAGAUGGAGGAUGAGGUCAAGCCGGAAGAGGAUGCUGCAGCAACCGACUCAGACAGUGCUCAUUCGAAGAAGCGAGCACGCGAAGAAAGCGAAGAGGAAGACGACGAGCCUGUCCCCAACAAGCGCAAUGCAAAGAAGGCGCGCCAGUCGCGGAAGUCGUCUUCGUCUUCGGAUGCACCGUCUAAGCCGCAGAAGAAGAUCACCAAGACGAAGGUGAAGCGCGAAGAGGCCGAUGAGGAAGCGAAUGAACAGCCACCUUCCCCGAAGAAGACCAAGGCCAAAUCGAAGAAGGAAGGGUCCAAGGUUAACAACGAGGACGUCGAGACAAAGUCGACCAAGCGGGCAGCGUCACCGCCGAAGGCUACAACCAAGGGCGUUGAAGCUGAUGCGUCUUCUGCUGAGUCCGAGAAGGAGGAUGAAGAAGUUGUUUCUUCUGAGGAUGAAACCCCCGCAGCUGCCUCCAAGGCUGCUAAGGCUAGAGAAAAGGUCCAGUCUACCCUGAAGAGCAUUGACGAAGAGCUAUAUCCAGACUGGAAGGCAGGAGAACCAGUGCCGUAUGCUGCACUCUGCGCCGCUUUCUCGAAAAUUGAGAUGACAACCAAGCGUUUGGAAAUCUCAGCAUACUGCGCCAAGUUCUUCCGCCAGGUGCUACGACUGACACCCGAGGACCUGCUUCCGACAGUGCUGCUCAUGGUCAACAAGCUUGCAGCCGAUUACGCUGGCAUCGAGCUCGGCAUCGGAGAAUCACUUAUCAUGAAGUCUAUCGGCGAGACAACUGGUCGAAGUCUGGCCGUCAUUAAAGCAGAUCAGAAAGAAAUCGGUGAUCUUGGCCUGGUCGCAGCCAAAAGCAGGUCCAAUCAACCCACCAUGUUCAAGCCGAAGCCUCUGACUGUACGUGGUGUCCACAAAGGUCUGAUGGAUAUUGCAACGAUAGAAGGUCAAGGCUCCCAGGGUCGCAAGGUUGCUGGCAUCAAGAAGCUUCUAUCUGCAUCUGACGCUCAUCUUACUGGAAAGGGCAAGGGUGUCGACAUUUACAAGGAUAAGGGCGGUGCGAGCGAGGCUAAGUUCAUCGUGAGAAUGCUCGAAGGCAAGCUGCGGUUGGGUCUGGCGGACAAGUCCGUCCUGGUGUCGUUGGCACAUGCCAUGGUCGCCUAUGAAUUAGACCCCAGCGGCAAGAAGAUCCCCAACACUGAGCAGCUGACCAAGGGAGAGAGAACCCUGAAGUCGGUUUACAGUGAGUUGCCGAGUUACGAGGUCAUUAUCCCCGCCAUGCUCGAGCACGGUCUUUCCAGUUUGAGGGAGCACUGCAAGCUUCAGCCGGGCGUGCCGCUCAAGCCUAUGCUUGCCAAACCAACCAAAUCGAUCACUGAGGUCUUGGAUAGGUUCGAAGGCAAGCACUUUACGUGCGAAUACAAAUACGACGGCGAACGCGCUCAAAUCCACUUUGUCUCGCACGACGCAGCCCAAGAGUACGCAACGGAAGCUCCGAGCGCAGGAAAGACGGACAAGGGAGUCUCGAACAUUUUCUCGCGCAACUCGGAAGACCUUUCCAAGAAGUAUCCGGACAUCCUCGAGAAGCUACCGUCAUGGGUCAAGGAGGGGACGAAGAGCUUUGUCCUUGACUGUGAGACUGUUGCGUGGGAUGUCGAUGAGAAGAAGGUCCUGCCGUUCCAAACGCUGAUGACGCGAAAGAGGAAGGACGUCAAGGUCGAGGACGUCAAGGUCAAGGUCUGUGUCUUCGCAUUCGACCUCCUCUACCUCAACGGAGAAGCCCUCGUCAAUAAGCCUUUCCGUGAGCGUCGUGACCUCCUGCACGCAUCGUUCGCUCCUGUCGAGGGCGAGUUUACAUUCGCUCAGUUCGGCGACACCAAUGAGCUCGACGAGAUCCAGGAUCUCCUUGACAAGUCCGUGAAGGCGUCUUGCGAAGGGCUGAUGGUUAAGAUGCUCGAUGGACCUGAGAGUAGCUACGAGCCCUCGAAGCGCUCUCAGAACUGGCUCAAAGUCAAGAAAGACUACCUCUCAGGCGUGGGCGACAGUCUUGAUCUGGUGGUGCUUGGAGCUUACUACGGCAAGGGCAAGCGCACUUCUGUCUACGGCGCCUUCCUGCUUGCGUGCUACAACUCGUCUAACGAUACGUACGAAACCGUCUGCAACAUAGGUACUGGAUUCUCGGAUGAAGUUUUAGCAAACCUUCACGCGCAGCUGUCCCCGAUCGUUAUUGACCGCCCAAAGCCGUUUUACUCGCACUCGCAGGGCAACAAGGAUCAGCCGGAUGUGUGGUUCGAGCCGAAGUUUGUCUGGGAGGUGAAGACGGCUGAUCUUACCCUCAGCCCCAGGUAUAUGGCGGCUAUGGAUGUGCUGGGUGUCGGCAAGGGUGUCAGUCUGCGGUUCCCGCGGUUCAUCCACCAACGCGAUGAUAAGAAGGCCGAUCAAGCAACCAGUGCAAGGCAGGUUGCGGAGAUGUACAGGAAGCAGGAGGCAGUAACGAAGAACAAGGGCCCUAGUGUUGACGAUGACUUUGAGUACUGA